GGACCCUUCGAUACAACUCUAAUAUAUUAUUAAUUUAAAAUAGUCAACAAGUGUAUAAAAUAAAUAUAAUUUUACAUUACUCAAUAGUGACAAUAAUUAACUAAAUAAUAUACUAGAUAUUUUCUAUGAAUAUAAUUCAUUUAUGUUAUGGCUUCACUUAGCCUAUAUUGAAAUAAUUAUCAAUUAAAAAAGUAAUUAUUCAUAGUUAUAUUUGUGAAAUAUAUAUAUAUAUAUGUGUGUGUGUGUAUAUGAGUACACCAUUAUGUCUUGUGGUAAACGAAAAAGACUAACUUUGGCACAAAAAAUUGAAAUUAUAAAAUUUGUGGAAGCAGAAAAUGUUGGAGUACGAGCUGUAGCAGAAAAAUUUAGUAUUGGUAAAACACAGGUUAGUGAUAUAUUAAAAAAUAAACUAUAUUUAUCACAAACAUUUGUGGAGCAAGGAAACGACAAAUCAAAACGCAAAUUUCCUAAAUCAGAUGGUGAAAUAAUCGAUACAGUAAUAUAUCAAUGGUAUCUACAUGCUCGUGUCAACAAUUUGCCAAUUUCGGGUCCAGUAUUAAAAGAAAAAGCACUGGAGUUAGCAUCAGAAGUUGGCCUCAAUGAUUUUAAAGCAUCUAAUGGAUGGUUGCAAAAAUUUAAAGAAAGGCAUCAAAUUUCUUAUAAAAAUAUUUAUGCAGAUUCUGCAUUAAUAAAAGAAUGUGUUAUUACAGAAUGGUUGAAUAGUGUGAAAGAAACUAUAAAAGAUUAUAAAGAAUGUGAUAUAUUUAACUGUGAUGAAACGGGUCUAUUUUAUCGAAUUCUUCCUGAAAAUACAAUGAGUUUUAUUAACGAGGCUUGUAUUGAUGGAAAUUUAUCAAAGGAAAGAUUGACGAUUAUGUUGUGUACUAACAUAGAUGGAGAAUUUGAAAAACCAUUGAUUAUAGGAAAGGUUGGAAAAGAUAAUUGUUUUAAAAAUAUUAAUACAGACAACCCUGAAAUUGUUUGGAAGUCCAACACUAAAGCAUGGAUGACACGUAGCAUUAUGACUGAGUGGAUUUUAGAUUUUGAUUACAGAAUGACUCAAUCAAAAAGAAACAUCGUUCUUUUUUUAGAUAAUGCAAGUUCUCAUCCUUUGCUUAACAAUCUGCAAUCAAUUAAACUAAUAUUUUUUCCACCAUACAUAUCAUCUAAUUGUCAGCCUUUAGAUCUAGGAGUCAUUCAACAUUUUAAGAUGUUAUAUCGACAAUGUGUAUUAAAACAUCGACUAUCAAUAAUGGAUAAUGGUUCUGGUUUAAUAAAUAGAAUUAAUGUCCUACAUGCAAUUCUUUGGAUAAAAUGUGCCAUUAAUCAAAUUAAAAAAUUGACAGUUAGAAAUAGUUUCAUUAAAUCUGGCAUCUUGAUGUCAGAUGAAAAGCAAUCCGAAGAUAAUCUUGCAACUAAUAAUGAUUAUAAAGCAUUGUUGAAUCGUUUGGUUGGUGAUGAUUCUAUUAAUUAUGCGGGAAUAGAUGACAAGCUAAUGACAGAAAAUCAAUCAUUAGAUUUAAUCAAAAUAAUGCAAGAAAUAAUUGACCCACAAAUCAGUGAUGAAGAUGAAGAUGAUACUGAAGACGACACCUCAUAUCUUCUCAAUGAAGAUAUAGUUUUGACCAAUUUGGGUCAAAUUUCUGAGUCUAAUGAAAAAAAAAAAAAUUUAAAUUAAAUUAUUAGUUAAAAAUUAUUGUUUCCUAUUUGUUUUUAUCCUUCAUGUUGGCAAAUAUAAGAUUUUAAUAAAUUUAAAAGUUAAUAUUAUACAAUACCUAUUUAUACUU